AUGUCUCGAGUACUAAAUGAUAUUGUGAGUUAAUGCUUAAUGCCACUUUCUGCAGCUGCUUUAUACUACCUAACCAUUGAUAAUGUUAUUGUUGCUAAUAAGGCAGAUGGUGCAUCUAUGGAACCAACUAUUAGUGAUACUUCUUCUCUAAUUUGUUUAAAGUUACCAUAUAAAAUAUUUGGAAAAAGAGUGAAAAAAGGGGAUAUAAUCAUAGCUUAAUCGCCUGUUAAACCUGAUGUGGACAUUUGUAAAAGAGUUUUAUACACAGAAGGUGAGUAGGUUAAUAGAAUAAUAGUGCCUCCUAACCAUGUUUGGAUCGAAGGUGAUAAUAAAGAUAACUCAUUUGACUCAAGAGAUCACGGACCUCUUCCAGAAUAUUUGAUAAAAGGAAAAGUUCUCAUUCAGCUUUAUCCCUUUAAGUAUUUAUAUAGUGAAGAAAACAGUUAAAAGUGA